AUGGAACACUCUCUUGAAACCAACCAGCCUACAGCCGAAGACGUCACUAAAACGAAAGCCUCGAGCUAUUCAAGGGUAUGGUACGGCAGCCAAUACAUUGGCCGAUAUGCCGACACCAAAACAAAACCUGUGAGCUAUUCAUGGGUGUGGCAGGGCGGCCAGUACAUCGGCGGAUAUUCCGCAACCAAAGCAAAGCCUCUGAGCUAUUCAUGGGUGUGGUACGGCGACAAGUAUAUGGGCAGAUAUGCCACCACCACGGACAGUUUUGGAGAGUCACCCCCGUCGGAUACGUCUGAGCUUGCAUCCGAUGAAGAUAUCAAAGCAGACGACGACAAAGCAUCGACCGAUGGAGAGGAUAUUGACUUGUGGGGCGAGACCCAAGCGCAAGGAGACCACGAAGCAGGCGAUGAAAAUAACCUAUGGGACGAGAAGCAAGGACAAGACGACAAGGAAGCGACCGAUGAAGACGACCUAUGGGGCGAGGUCCUGGCAGAAGAUGGCCUAUGGGAAGAACUGCCGGGACAAGACGAAGAGGAGUUGGCCGCAGCCCAGGCCGAGCCACCAAAACAACAAGACGACGAAGAAGUGGUCCCAGCCCAGACUGAGCCACCGAAACCAGUACUUGCGCUGCCAUCAAAGCCAACAAUUGCCCUGCCGUCAAAACCAACAGUUGCCCUACCUUCAAUGCGGCAAAGCACCAUCAGCCCCCCGAUUUCGGUGCCAGCUCCUCCGCCCCAGAAGCCAGUCCUCCACUUCCCUAUGCCGCCGAGGCCGCAAGCUUCCAGCAUCGUCACGCCAUCACAACCACAGGCACCACCACUGGAGCCCGCAGUACCUGUCCAGCCGCAAUUCUUGCCCACACCGCAGCCCAUCGAGGUCUCAUCCGCGAGUUCCGAUCCGACACUACCCGAGGCCGCCGAUCCCGCCCAGCCACAGUCCUCAUCCUCACCGCAGCCCGCCGAGCCAUCAUCCUCUGGUUACGAUCUGCCCGGCCAAGAGCCGGAUGUCAUCAUCACAGACUUUGACUUCGCCGGCACAAGCCAAGCCUCAGCAAUCACCAUCGACGACGAUGACGACGAGGAGGUCAACACAUUCGCUCCCCAUCCCAGCCAGACCGAACCCAUCAUCAUCGAGGACGACGUCCCACUCACGCCCGAGGAGGAGGAGAGGCGCCGCAAGGAAAAGGAAGAGUGGAUGGAGAAGUGGGAGAUGGCCAAGAUCCCCAAGAUCAACGGCAAGACCAGGCUGUUCUACGACCCUCCGGACCCAAAGGUGGGCGGCAGCAAGGACUGUUCCGUCAAGUCCGACUUCGUGCCCGACUACGAGAAGAUGAACAUCAAAAAGGCACAGACCGUCCAGAAAAGGAUCGCCAAGAAGGAGGCCGCCGCGCAGUCCAGGGCGCAGGAGAAGGCCGAGAAGCGCGCCGCCAAGCAGGCCGAGGUGGAGGCCGAGAAGCAGCGCAAGAAGGCAGAGAGGGAGGCCGAAAGGAUGCGUAAGGAGGCCGAGAGGUUGUGCAAGGAGGCCGAAAAGAAGGCCGAGAGGGAGCUCAAGGCUGCCCAGCAACAAGCCAAGCAGUCGGCAAAGCAUGAGGAAUAUUUGCAAUGGGACAUUGAGUGCCCAGAGGGUUUUGAUCAAUGGUCAAUUACAAAAGAUGGCCAGAUGGCAAAAAGGAUGGGACAUUUGAUGGCGAUGAUAAUGACUGGUCGAACUGAAGGUCCUACGGGCAAUUCCUAUUAA